AUGGCGGCCCCCCCGAGCCAGGCGAGCCUCCUGCUCCAGAAGCAGCUCCGAGGUAUGGAUCCGCCCCCCCUCUCCCCCUCCUCGCCCCCCGAUUCGUCGCGAUCGCGCGCUGAUCCCUGUCCCGGCGUCCCGUGCUUUGUUGCAGAUCUAGCGAAGAACCCCGUGGACGGGUUCUCGGCGGGGCUGGUGGACGACGGCAACGUGUUUGAGUGGCAGGUCACCAUCAUCGGCCCGCCCGAGACAUUAUAUGAUGGAGGCUACUUCAAUGCAGUAAUGACCUUUCCUCAGGAUUAUCCCAACAGUCCUCCAUCAGUAAGGUUUACUUCUGAGAUGUGGCAUCCAAACGUCUAUCCUGAUGGGCGUGUGUGCAUUUCUAUUCUUCAUCCACCUGGUGAUGAUCCCAAUGGUUACGAGCUUGCAAGUGAACGGUGGACACCAGUGCACACAGUUGAGAGUAUAGUUUUGAGCAUUAUUUCGAUGCUCUCUAGUCCAAACGAUGAGUCUCCAGCAAAUAUUGAAGCGGCUAAGGACUGGAGAGAAAAGAGGGCCGAGUUCAAGAAAAAGGUGAGGAGCCUUGUUCGCAAAUCUCAGGAAAUGCUCUGA